AACGCCUGAGUAACACAAAUGCCCCGAGUUCACUGAGCCUUGAGGACUUAGGCAAACCUGUCUGGCGAUUUUCUCAGUAUCGUAGUUCUGAAAAGAAUAUAGGUGUUGAACCCCUGUCAGGGAACCUUCUCUCCUCCAGUGGUUUAUUUAUGAGAGACUGAGAACAGUACGCGUCUUUGUGUGCAGCAGAGCAGCGGUCUGAAGUCUCUUGGGACUCAACGAGCAUAUUUCGCAUUUGGAAAAUCAGUUUCUCGGCUGCUUCGUUCGCGGUGCCCUUUUUCUCUUUAAAGAAACUGAAACAGUUUUUAAUAAUUUUUUCCUCAUUUAUUCAAGAGGUUUGUUUUAUAAGUUGACUAUUGUUUAUGACGGAGCGAUUCCUGAGGCCUAUCAGAACUUGUCAUCAUUUGAUGGAUAUUAUUGAAUGAGAACCACGAGAGAAAUUCAUUCUUCUUUUUUCAUUGAUUUUUCUGAAAAGAUGUAUAGCCUUUCCACGUUGCUGGUUAUAAUAUUGUUUGCCCUGAAGAUUCAUACAGUGCAGCCGGGCAAAUGCCCAAAGUUCUGUAUCUGUGACAACAUCCAGCUCACGGUUGCUUGUGUCAACAAGAACCUCACUGAGGUUCCGCCUACCAUUGAUGAGAUAACGGUGAAGCUGGACCUGAGAGGAAAUGACAUGCAAGAGCCUACAGGGGCGUUCACACACACCCCUUACCUCACCCACCUGACCCUGCAGAACAGCAACAUCCGAAGAGUUCGGGAAGGAGCAUUCCGCAGACUCGGCCGGCUGGUCUUACUCAACCUGGCCAACAACAAGAUUGAGAUCCUGUACCAGGAGUCAUUUGAUGGGCUUUCCUCACUGAAGCAGCUGAUUAUUGACCGAAAUAGAGUGGAGGAGAUCCAGCCUGGAGCUUUUUCACAGCUUGGCCUUCUCAACCUCCUCUCCCUCACACACAAUCAAUUGGUGUACUUACCUAACAUGGCGUUCCAGGGUUUGCAGAACAUCAAAUGGCUACGUCUCAGUCACAAUUCCCUCAAUUAUCUGGCAACAGAGGCGUUUGCUGGCCUCUUCACUCUUACUCGUUUGAGCCUGGAUAACAAUGAACUGCAGUUCUUUCCCACUGAGACAAUGACACGACUUCCAGAAGUAAUUCGCUUAGAACUAAGCCACAACCCCAUGACCUACCUUGGAGAGGAGUCUGUAUCUAUGCCCAAGCUCACUCACCUCUUCCUGGAUCACAACUCCCUGCAGGAUUUUUCAAACGCAGCUAUCCUGCUCUCUCCCCAUCUCGCUCAUCUGGACCUAAGCCACAACCAGCUGCGCGUCCUGCAGCCAAUGGCCCCUGGCUCUCCCAAACUGACUCGUCUCAAUCUGGCAGGCAACCCCAUCUACUGCAGCUGCUACAUGCGGCCUUUGCGCGAGUGGGCGAUACGGGAGCGCGUUCGCCUGGGUGGUACAUGUGGAGGCCCUGCACAUCUGUCUGAUGAGAAUCUGGAGGCGGUAAAGCCCGUAGAUUUGCGCUGUCAGAGCCAGGAGGCCAUGUUGAAGGCUGAGCUGGAGGAGCAGAGCAGACUGCCUACACUGCCCACAACCCCACCCCCAGAUAAAGUCAAAUGCCCAGCCAACUGUGAAUGUGAGGCUGAGAACCACCACUCAUCUUGCGAAAACAAAGGCCAAACCAAGAUCCCUCGUGGUUUUUCACCAGACACACGCUUGCUGGACUUGCGGGGCAACCAUUUUCACUACAUCCCUGCAAACAGUUUCCCAGGCGUGGCAAAAGUGGUUUCCCUUCAUUUGCAGCGCUGCAAGAUCCAUGAGGUAGAAGAUGGGGCUUUCAAUGGUAUGAAGAGUCUGGUCUAUCUCUACCUCUCAGAAAAUGACCUCAGUUCAUUGAGUCCUGAGGCGUUUAAGGGGUUGCCCCAUCUCACUUACCUCCAUCUUGAAAAGAAUCGUUUCACCCAGUUCCCCAAAGGAGCAUUCAAGCUGUUGCCUGGUCUGCUGGCUCUGCACAUGGAGGACAAUGAUAUCACUAAACUGGAAGCAGGACUCCUGACUGGCGCUGAGAAACUGAGGGGCCUCUAUCUCACUUCCAACGCCAUCACAGCAGUUGCUCCUAGGGCCUUUGUUCCUGCACCUGACUUGGAUACUCUUCAUUUAGGCAGCAACAAACUGAAGGAGGUUCCAAGUGAAGCCUUUUCUAAAGCUAGUAGCCUUGCAGAGAUUAAUCUCUCCCGCAACCCUAUUCGCUGGAUCGGAGCAGGGGGUUUUCAGUCAAUCGCUGCAACACUUAAACAUCUUUACCUUAAUCAUAUGGGUUUAGAAAAGGUAUCUAAAGAUUCUCUAGCAGGACUGGGGUCUGGUCUGCGGAGUCUGUUUCUUGAAGGGAACCAGCUUGAGGAGCUGCCGGACUUGAGUCCGCUCACAGGACUCGAGGUCAUAAACUUGGCAGAGAAUCCACUGCUCUGCGAUUGUCCACUGCUGCCUCUUCGCAAGUGGAUUGAGCAGGUAAAUCUGAAAGUCAGAGCCACCUGUGGACACCCUCCCGAACUCAGAGGUCAAAGGGUCAAAGAUGUCCAUGUUUUUAAGAGCUGCCCAGGGGAAAAACCUCCUUCUACUCAGCACCCCAAACCAACUAAGGCCACAAAGACUGAAUCUGCUCUAAUUAGUCCUCCAAAAGUCAUUAAGAUAGUUAAAGCCAAAGGAAAACCACGUAAAAUUGCACAACCUAAAACGGUGCAGAAAAGGACCACAAAGAAAAGGAAGUCAGUGUGACCCUGCUGUAUUUACAUUGCGGUUACUGAUUUAGAUAAAUAUAACCUAAACCCUGUUUUAAACAAAGUUUUCAUCAGUGAGGGUGCUAGACUGUUUAAGAGUGUAGAAUUAAUUUGCUUAAUGCACAGUUUUAGUUUGCAAGGGUUAGGGUUAGUACAUACUAUGCUGGUCAGUAAGAAAUUAUAUUAACUAAAAACAUUUUUAAACCCUUUUUUUAAAAAAAAAACCCAAAAAACUGAUCUACCAUGUGUCUGUGUUUGUUAUAAAUGUUCUGUUCAUAACAUUUGAGACAUCUGCCACAUCUGUAUUUAAAGGCUUUUAAGCAGGUAUACAUUUGUCAUUUUAAUCCAGUAUCUACCAUAUUAUUAUGAAAUGAUUCUGUAUUGCUAACAUCUACAUUACUCUGUAAGCUUAAUUUUGCUUUGCGAAAAAUGAAAGUCAGAAAAUGUCUAA